CGGCCCCGCCCGGCCUCCAGAGACAGGAGAGGCGCGCACGGCGGGACCGGCGCAGAGAGGGCGGCUGCGGCUGGUGCGCGGUUGCUAAGCCCCGCGCCCCCGGAGACGUUCCCGGUGGCUGUAGCCGGGCGCUGCGCGGCGCGGGGCUGGCGGGCGGGCGGCGGGAGGGAGAGAAGAGGGAGAAUCGGCGCGGGCUUGUGGCUGCUCAUUGCGCCCCGCCUUCCCGCGCCUGCUCGGCCGUCGAGCCGCGUCCCAGCGCUGCCACCUCUGCUCCAGGCUCUCCCCGAGCCCGCCGCCGCGCCAUGCCCGCCGCUACUCCAGCCCAGCAGCCGCCGCCGCCUCCAGCCCGGCCAGCCCCAGCUUGCCCGGCGCGGCCUGCCCCGGGACAGCAAGGCCUAUGUGACCAUUCUCUAAAAUAUUUAAGCUCGAGAAUCACAGAGCGGAAGCUGCAAGGCUCCUGGCUGCCUGCCAGCCGAGGGAAUCUGGAGAAACCAUUCCUGGGGCCGCGUGGCCCCGUCGUGCCCUUGUUCUGCCCUCGGAAUGGCCUUCACUCAGCACAUCCUGAGAACAGCCCGCUGAAGCCCAGGGUCGUGACCGUGGUGAAGCUGGGUGGGCAGCGCCCCCGAAAGAUCACCCUGCUCCUCAACAGGCGAUCAGUGCAGACGUUCGAGCAGCUCUUAGCUGACAUCUCAGAAGCCUUGGGCUCUCCCAGAUGGAAGAAUGACCGUGUGAGGAAACUGUUUAACCUCAAGGGCAGGGAAAUCAGGAGUGUCUCUGAUUUCUUCAGGGAAGGGGAUGCUUUCAUAGCUAUGGGCAAAGAACCACUGACACUGAAGAGCAUUCAGGUGGCUGUAGAAGAAUUGUACCCCAACAAAGCCCGGGCCCUGACACUGGCCCAGCACAGCCGUGUCCCUUCUCCAAGGCUGAGGAGCAGGCUGUUUAGCAAGGCUCUGAAAGGAGACCACCGCUGUGGGGAGACUGAGACUCCCAAAAGCUGCAGCGAGGUUGCAGGAUGCAAGGCAGCCAUGAGGCACCAGGGGAAGAUCCCCGAGGAGCUUUCACUAGAUGACAGAGCAAGGACCCAGAAGAAGUGGGGGAGGGGGAAACGGGAGCCGGAACCCGGUAGCAAGCUGCCCAGGGAAGCCACUCUAGAAGAGAGGCACGCAAGGGGAGAGAAGCACCUCGGGGUGGAGAUUGAAAAGACCUCGGGUGAAAUUAUCAGAUGUGAGAAGUGCAAGAGAGAGAGGGAGCUUCAGCAGAGCCUGGAGCGCGAGAGGCUUUCUCUGGGGACCAGUGAGCUGGAUAUGGGUAAGGGCCCAAUGUAUGAGGUGGAGAAGCUGGUGAGGACCAGAAGCUGCAGGAGGUCUCCCGAGGCAAAUCCUGCAGGUGGGGAGGAAGGGUGGAAGGGUGACAGCCACAGGAGCAGCCCCAGGAAUCCCACUCAAGAGCUGAGGAGACCCAGCAAGAGCACGGACAAGAAAGAGGACAGAGACCCAGAGGAUCAAGAAAGCCAUGCUCAGGCAGCAGCCAAGGCCAAGAAGGAACUUGCGGAAGUUCUUCCUGUCACAGAGGAAGGGCUGAGGGAGGUGAAGAAAGACACCAGGCCCAUGAGCAGGAGCAAGCAUGGUGGCUGGCUCCUGAGAGAGCACCAGGCAGGCUUUGAGAAGCUCCCCAGGACCCGAGGAGAAGAGAAGGAGGCAGAGAAGGAGAAAAAGCCAUGUAUGUCUGGAGGCAGAAAGACGACUCUCAGAGAUGACCAACCUGCAAAGCUAGAAAAGGAGCCCAAGACGAGGCCAGAAGAGAACAAGCCAGAGCGGCCCAGCGGUCGGAAGGCGCGACCCAUGGGCAUCAUUGCCGCCAAUGUGGAGAAGCAUUAUGAGACUGGCCGGGUCAUUGGGGAUGGGAACUUUGCUGUCGUGAAGGAGUGCAGGCACCGCGAGACCAGGCAGGCCUAUGCGAUGAAGAUCAUUGACAAGUCCAGACUCAAGGGCAAGGAGGACAUGGUGGACAGUGAGAUCUUGAUCAUCCAGAGCCUCUCUCACCCCAACAUCGUGAAACUACAUGAAGUCUACGAAACAGACACGGAAAUCUACCUGAUCCUGGAGUACGUGCAGGGAGGAGACCUUUUUGAUGCCAUCAUAGAAAGUGUGAAGUUCCCGGAGCCCGAUGCGGCCCUCAUGAUCAUGGACUUAUGCAAGGCCCUCGUCCACAUGCAUGACAAGAGCAUUGUCCACCGGGACCUCAAGCCGGAAAACCUUUUGGUUCAACGAAAUGAGGACAAAUCUACUACCUUGAAAUUGGCUGAUUUUGGACUAGCAAAGCAUGUGGUGAGACCUAUAUUUACUGUGUGUGGGACCCCGACUUACGUAGCUCCUGAAAUUCUUUCUGAGAAAGGUUAUGGACUGGAGGUGGACAUGUGGGCUGCCGGUGUGAUCCUGUAUAUCCUGCUGUGUGGCUUUCCGCCAUUCCGCAGCCCUGAGAGGGACCAGGACGAGCUCUUUAACAUCAUCCAGCUGGGCCACUUUGAGUUCCUCCCCCCUUACUGGGACAAUAUCUCUGAUGCUGCCAAAGAUCUGGUGAGCCGGUUGCUGGUGGUAGACCCCAAAAAGCGCUACACAGCUCAUCAGGUUCUUCAGCACCCCUGGAUUGAAACGGCUGGCAAGACCAAUACAGUGAAACAACAGAAGCAGGUGUCCCCCAGCAGCGAGGGUCACUUCCGGAGCCAGCACAAGAGGGUUGCGGAGCAGGUAUCGUAGUCACUGCCUUGGGAAUCUGUUCAGCCCCCAGUUCUGCUGAAGGACAGAGAAAAGGAGGGAAGUUUGAGAGAAAAACAAGGAAAGAAGCUUCUUCACAUAAUUGGCGAAUCAGAGGGAGAGACACUCAGUGUAUUUUAAAGCAUAUUAAAAAAAUUAAGUAAAUGUUAAAUGUCAACAUAUUUUUAGAUUUGUAUAUUUAAAGCCUUUAAUACAUUUUUGGGGGAUAAGCAUUGUCAUCAGUGAGGAAUUUUGGUAAUAAUGAUGUGUUUUGCUUCCUCUUUGUAACCAAGUUUAUUCUGUACUAGAGGAGUGGUGCUUACCAGGGUCUAAACUCCCCCUGUGAAAUUAAUAAGGUGUAUUGUGGUCUUUCCGUGUUAAUAAAAUGUGCUCUGAAUAA